CCCUUUUCCUGUGUGGCCGUCCACUACUGGUUGACAGGAAACACCAGCAGAAACAGGCAGCACACCAGCAGUCACUUCGCCUUUUCAAAACACUGUAUUCAUAGCCUAUCAUUUUCACAGUGUGACAGGUUUCUUCUCCAGGAGCUGGUGAUGAUGUCUGCCCCAGCCGGCCAGGAAGCCGCUGAACACUCCGGGCUGCACAAGUUUGUCUCUGCCGUGUUUUACGCCGGUAGCUCGUUUCUGAUCACGGUGGUGAAUAAAACGGUGCUGACGAGUUUCAGGUUUCCAUCCUACAUGUGUCUAGGAAUUGGCCAGAUGAUCACCACCCUUGUUGUCCUUUAUGCUGCCAAAAAGAGAAAAACAGUCCAGUUUCAAGAUUUUGACAAAAGUGUUCUCUUGAAAAUGUUCCCUCUUCCAUUGUUGUAUGUUGGGAACCACAUAACAGGACUGGCGAGCACCAAAAAGCUCAGCUUACCCAUGUUUACGGUAUUACGGAAAUUCACAAUUUUGAUGACAAUGAUCCUGGAAAUAUAUAUAUUAAGAAAAACGUUCCCAAAGCGACUUGUUUACAGUGUUGUAGCUAUAAUCUUUGGUGCCAUGGUUGCUGCAAGUUCUGACCUGGCCUUCGAUGUUGAGAGUUAUACUUUCAUCCUGCUUAAUGAUGCCUUCACUGCUGCCAGCGGUGUGUACACCAAAAAGAAACUUGGCAUUGAGGGCCUUGGGAAAUAUGGUGUCUUAUUUUACAACUCAUUAAUCAUUGUUAUACCAACUCUCUUGGCAAGUGCAUUUACUGGAGACUUACACAAGGCAGUCACAUUUGAAGACUGGGUUAAAGCCACAUUUAUUUGUUGUUUUCUCAUGUCCUGCUUCAUGGGGUUUGUGCUGAUGUAUUCCAUAGUCCUGUGCAGCCACUAUAACUCAGCGCUUACUACUACUGUAGUCGGGGCAAUAAAGAAUGUUGCUGUAGCCUUUAUUGGCAUUUUUGUGGGUGGAGACUACCUGUUCUCUUGGACAAACUUCCUGGGCCUCAGCAUUUGUAUGUCAGGUGGACUUGUGUACUCAUAUCUCACUUUUAACAACGAAACAUCUGGAAAAAACACAGAAGGAACACAAGAGCUGAAGAUUCACAUUGCAGAAGAUCUUAAAGAGAAGUACUCUGCAAGCUAAAUGGACACUAUUAUAUUUAUCACCACUUGGUGUCACUGUCCUGCUUCAUAUUGGAGAAAACUACUGUUUCUUAUCUUUUGUAUUUCUUUGAAAUCAAUCACUUUCCCUGGAUAGAUUAUUGCUGUUAUUUAAUAAACACCACUACUAAAUGAAUACAUUAAAACAAAAGAACACAUGAAUUCAGGAUCCGGUUCAGUGAAUGUUUAUUGAAGACCAGAAGUGGUAUAACAGUGUGGGCAGGCUGUCAGAGAAAUCUUAACUUUAAAAUGUGUAACAAUGUCUACCAAGCAAGCAGGAUCACUCUACACAUGUCAAACAUGAAAACUGUUGGAGGUUGUUAGCAGAGGGGACAACUGAAACUAAAAUUCAAAACUUCAAAGCUCUUGGUAAAUCGUGCACACUCAAUAUUCUAACAAACACAAUCUGUAUAUAUUAAAUGCCAUACAUUUCUUAAACCACAAAAUAGUCUAAGGGUUAGAAAUGCUUCACAAUAAACUAUAAUCAGGUACAAUAAAUCAUUUGGUGUCUUGAUUAUCAACAAUUUACUUGCCUUCCAGUUUCACCUUAACUCCACAAAAGGGCAAUUUGUAAAUCAAACAGAUUCAAACAUCACAGCUAGAGUGACAGAGUGAGAGACAGGUUGUAGGUGUAGGUUUCCACAAAACAACCAGAUGUAGGGCAGUUAUGAGAGGCUUCAUACAGUGUUGAAUGAUGUAGUGUUGCUUAAAAAAACAGAAAAGAAAGAAAAGCACCCAGCACUACACAUCAUUUCAUGAAAAAAAAAAAAACAAGUGCCAUUUUCCUGGACACGUGACAAAUCUGAUCUUCAGUGCAUUGCAAGCUUAAUCCAAGACUUAAUAGGGGGUGCAAGUACUUAAAACAUAUCUUUACUAAUUUUCUUUCAAUGUGGACCAAAAUGUCUAAAACUGACAAUUCCUAUUAGCUCAAAAGGAUGUUUAAAUUAAUGUGGCUGAGAACUUUUUUAAAUUUUUUGCUGAUUUCAGAAUAUUUCCCUUUAGACAUCGUCGUGAUGUCAGCACUCUAAAACAGAAAAAAAACAUGGUGAAAUAAAUAUCUCAUAAUUUAAACUUUGAAAUGAGAUGACAUACAUGCACCACACACUACCAUGAUGCUAUGCCUGUAUCAUAACUGGUCUGCCACCUUUUAAUAUAAAAGAUGGCUGACAUCAUGCUUCCUAAAAAUAUCUCCCGUCUGGUUGGAAAACAACUUCUGGCCUGCAGAUUUUAUACAUGUCUAUGAGGAAAACUGCUGGAAAAAUGAGAAUAUGGCAUGUUGUAAGAAGUAUUCUGGUUCUCCAAAUAUUUUGGAAUAUUAAGGAACUCAAACCAAAAGACAUGAGGAUGGAUUUUCCCUUGCAUCUCUGGUAAUGUCAUGCGGAUACUAUUUCAUGUAUUUGUACUGUAAGAAGUGGUGAAACUGUCAAAAGUUUGGAUUGCUUGGCAAAGUUUGUGCCUUGCCAGACCUCUGGAUUAGGCUUGCAAUGAUCACCUCUCAUUUGCAUGUAAAAAUGACCAUGUCUCCUGACAGACUGAUCCAGCUCCCCUGACUUUUUUUUGUCUAUUCUCACCGCUUCUUGUAAAGAGUUGUGUGGGUGAGGCUAAAACGAUCUGAAAUCUUUCUCAGUCCAUUUCUGCCACUGCUGGCUGACAUCGGUGGCUGAAAAGUUGUGCUUGCGACACUAGAGAUGAAACCUAGGAGCUGUCUGACAGUCAGGAUGCAACUUACAUUUUAUUAAGUUGGACCACACCCUGUAUCAUUCUGUCCAUCUGAGCUUAAUCCAUAUAUACAUCAAUCAUACACACUCUCUUACACUCACAAUAUACUUAAAAAAACUCGUUACCAUCAAAGUGCAAACAAAACAAAUUAAAACAUAACAGGUAUUCUUCCUUUGCCUUCAGAAGGCAGAAGAAAGAAAGACAUUCUUCAUAUAGUCAAUUCUAUAAUAAUAGCAGCCUAAAAGGAUAAAAUGGAAGCUGAAUAAGGUGCUUUAGCUUGUGCCUUCCUGGUGCUGUAAAGGGGAACAGAUGUUGCUGUACAUUAACACUGAUCUUGGGCCAAUUCAGCUCUUUCUUAAAGUCUGGUUUCACAACUUGAUAGAAUAAACUAAACUAGUCACUGAUCUGCGUUUAUGAAUGAUUUCUAGCUGCAGCACAUAUUGCAGGAAGGCGGAUUGGGAAUGGAGAUAUGAGGG